AGGUGAUUCUAAUUAUUUUUUCUUAACAUGCAUAGAAGGAUGAUGCACAAGUACUUGACAAUUUUUCUUAUCUAAUUAAAUUGAUGAUCUUUCUUACAUGUGUUAUUGAGUGUCUUGAUGCAUUUGUCUUCUUUUUAUUCGUAUAUGGGAAACAAAAUUUUUCUUCAAUUCAUGAAAAGAGUUAUAACAUGUUGCAAUUAAGUUUUUACAGGUGUUCAUAGUUGGUGAAUUGCAUAAUAAAUGGAGAGGAUUUCAAUUCUGGGUUUCCUUUUAGCUCUUCUCUAUUUAAUGGUGAGAGGAACAAUUGCUUAUAAGGAUGAAACUCAUUUGACAGAUUGCCUAGAAUCCGAUCGAGAAGCCCUUAUUGACUUAAAAAGCGAUCUCAAAUAUUCCAAAAAUCGAUUUUCAUCAUGGAAAGGAAGUAAUUGUUGUCAAUGGAAAGGGAUUAGUUGUGAAAAUAGUACCAGAAGUGUUAUUUCCGUAGAUCUUCAUAAUCCAUACUCUCCUUUGUAUGAAUUUGAGAAAAGGAGCUCAAUGAACUUGAGUGGGGAGAUUAGUUCUUCAUUGUUAAAACUCAAGUCCUUGAAACAUUUGGACUUGAGUUUCAACACAUUUGAAAGCAUCCCAAUUCCGGAAUUCUUUGGAUCUUUGAAGAAUUUACAAUAUCUAAACAUAUCAAAUGCAGGGUUUAGCGGUGUAAUCCCUCCAAAUUUGGGAAACCUCUCAAGGUUGCAGUAUCUUGAUCUUUCUUCUCAAUAUGGGAAUGGUCUAUCUGCUGAUAAUUUUGAGUGGAUGAUUGGUCUUAUUUCCUUGAAGCAUCUCAAGAUGAACCAAGUCGACCUUUCAUUUGUUAGAUCAAAUUGGGUGGAUGUAUUAAACAAGCUUCCAUUUUUAACUGAGUUGCAUCUAUCUGAUUGUCGCCUCUCGGGUUCAGUUUCUCUAGCCUCAGUAGUUAAUUUUACUAUGCUUUCUGUUAUAUCCAUGAGGUGGAACUACCUUGAUUCAACAAUUUUGGAAUUGCUUGUAAAUAUCAGCAGCCUUACAUUCAUUGAUCUAAGCUACAACAGCUUAAACAGUAUUCCUCUUGGUCUCAAUCAGCUACCUAAUCUGCAAUACUUGAACCUGUAUGGCAAUGGAAAUCUUACUGGCAAUUGCUCUCAACAAUUGAGGGAAGGUUGGAAAAAGAUAGAGGUCCUCAUUUUGGCUUCAAAUAACUUUCAUGGUAGCAUUCCUGACUCCAUUGGAAGCUUCUGCAACCUAAAAUAUUUGGACUUAGGCCAUAAUAACUUGACAGGAAGUUUACCUCAAUUUCUGGAAGGAAUGGAAAACUGCAGCUGUAAAAGUUAUUUGCCUUACUUGACUAAUUUGAUCCUGCCCAACAAUCAAUUAGUUGGCAAAUUAGCAGAAUGGUUGGGACUGCUUGAAAAUCUCGUGGAACUAGACCUGUCAUAUAACAAGUUUGAAGGCCUUAUCCCUGCUUCUUUAGGGGCAUUGUCAAAUCUUGAGAGCCUCAAACUAAACAAUAACAGCCUUCAAGGUCCCAUCCCUGCAACUUUAGGGUCAUUGCAACACUUGACAGAUAUGUGGCUUGGAACUAACCAACUGAAUGGGACUCUCCCAGAUAGUUUUGGACAGCUUUCUGAAUUACUUUACCUGGAAGUUUCUUUCAAUAGUUUGACAGGGAUUCUCUCUGCAGAGCAUUUCUCAAAGCUAAGUAAGUUGAAACACCUGUACAUGCAGUCCAAUUCAGGUUUUAAUUUGAAUGUAAAUUCCAGUUGGGUCCCCCCUUUCCAGAUCCGGGACCUUGCUUUUGGUUCAUGCAGUUUAGGUCCUUCUUUUCCAGCCCGGCUUCAGUCCCAAAAGGAGCUUGUGUCUCUUGAUUUCUCAAACACUAGCAUUUCAAGUCCCAUACCAAACUGGUUUUGGAAUCUUUCUUCUAAUUUAGAUUUCUUAAAUCUUUCUCUCAAUCACUUGCAUGGCCAGUUACCAAAUCCAUUAAAUGUUUCUCAAUAUGCAUUGAUUGAUUUCAGCUCCAACCUCUUUGAAGGACCUAUUCCUCUUCCAACCAAAACUAUUGAAUCACUAUAUUUCUCCAACAAUAAUUUUUCGGGUCCCAUCCCACCGAGCAUAGGUGAAUCCAUUGCAAGCUCGAGGGUCCUUUCUCUUUCGGGUAAUCAAAUAACAGGAGUCAUCCCAGCUUCUAUAGGAGAUAUAAGGGGUCUUGAUAUCAUUGAUCUUUCAUGGAAUAGUUUGACAGGAAGCAUUCCCUUAACCAUUAUCAAUUGCUCUUCCUUAAGAGUUCUAGACCUCGGAAACAAUGGUAGCAUUCCACCUACAUUGGGUGGCCUCAAAGCAAUGGCUCAAGAGAAAAAUAUAAACCAAUUUGUGUUAUAUGGGAGCUUUCAAGGCAGACGGUAUGGAGGGCAAUAUUAUGAAGAAAGCUUGGUUGUGAACAUGCAAGGACAACGUCUAGAAUAUACCAGAACUCUUUCCCUUGUUACCAGUAUAGACCUGUCUGGCAAUAAUUUAAGUGGAGAGUUUCCAGAGGCAAUAACAGAAUUAUUUGGUUUGGUGGCUCUCAACCUGUCACGGAACCACAUUACUGGCCAAAUUCCUGAAAGCAUUUCAAGGUUGAAGGAAUUGUUAUCUCUUGAUCUAUCAAGCAAUAAGCUCUUCAGCACAAUUCCUUCUAGCAUGGCUUCAUUAUCUUUUUUGGGUUCUUUGAAUCUAUCAAACAACAACUUCUCUGGUGAGAUUCCUUUUACAGGACAGAUGACAACUUUUGAUGACUUUGCCUUUGAUGGAAACCCAGGUCUCUGCGGAGCUCCUCUUGUUGAAAAAUGCCAAGACAAGGAUUCUGAUAAAGAGCACAGCACUGGUACCGAUGAAAAUGACAAUCAUUUCAUUGAUCGGUGGUUUUAUUUGAGCGUCGGAUUAGGGUUUGCAGCAGGUAUUUUGGUUCCUUAUUUUGUUUUAGUAAGCAGGAAAUCUUGGUGUGAUGCUUACUGGAAUAUUGUGGAUGAAAUCAUUGAUAAGACAUUCUGGUUGAGAAGAAGAAGAAGAAGAGCAGCAACCUAUACCAGAAGUCAUGGAAGACCACAAUAA